AUGGAGAACUUCCUAAAAGAUGUCAACUUAUGGAUGGUGAACAGCACAUGGACCAAUUCAACUUCAGGAAACGAAACGGGAAAUGUAAACUCAAGCGUGAACCCACUGAAACGAAACGAGGAGGUUGCCAAAGUGGAGGUGACCGUCUUGGUCCUUAUCUUGGUGUUCGCUUUGGCCGGGAAUUUGUGCGUACUUUUGGCCAUCCACACCAGCAAACACAGCCAGUCAAGGAUGUACUACUUCAUGAAGCACCUGAGUAUAGCCGAUCUAGUGGUCGCUAUCUUCCAGGUGCUUCCUCAGUUGAUUUGGGAUAUUACCUUUCGCUUCUAUGGACCAGAUUUUCUCUGCCGGCUGGUGAAAUAUCUGCAGGUGGUUGGUAUGUUCGCGUCCACUUAUAUGCUUGUGCUAAUGUCAAUUGACAGAUGCUUGGCGAUCUGUCAACCACUCCGCUCUCUGCGUCGGAGGAAAGACCGCUUCUAUGUGAUCAUCUCGUGGGUGCUGAGUCUUCUCUUCAGCAUCCCUCAAGUCUACAUUUUCUCCCUAAGGGAAGUGGGGAAUGGGGUCUUUGAUUGCUGGGGGGACUUCGUGCAACCAUGGGGAGCUAAGGCUUACAUCACGUGGAUUAGUCUUACUAUUUACAUAUUCCCUGUGACAAUACUGAGUGUUUGUUAUGGACUGAUAAGCUUUAAAAUCUGGCAGAACUUUAAACUGAAGACAAAGCGCGAGCAAUGCAUCUCCCUGACUCCGCGAGCGUCCAAAGGGAGCGCUCUCAGCCGCGUCAGCAGCGUUAAACUUAUUUCAAAAGCCAAAAUAAGAACUGUGAAAAUGACUUUUGUAAUCGUUGUGGCAUACAUCAUUUGCUGGACACCAUUUUUCUUCGUCCAGAUGUGGUCGGCGUGGGACCCAGACGCACCCAGAGAAGCUCUUCCUUUUAUCAUCGCCAUGCUUCUGGCCAGCCUCAACAGCUGCUGCAACCCGUGGAUCUACAUGUUCUUCGCCGGCCACCUGUUCCACGACCUGCUGCACCGCUGUCUGCGGGCCCCGCCCUGUCACUGCGAACGGCAGCCCAACCGCAAGAGCACCUACACCAGCUCCAGCACGGCCACCUGCGCCAUCAAGAGCACCGGCAGCCAGAGGAGCCUCACCCAGACCUCCACGGCGUAA